ACGACGACCAUGAAUCUCACGCGGUCUGGUUCGCCUCUAGCGGAGGCGGACCGUCUCCGCAGUCCCGGCCUCGCGACCGGUGACGUCGGCAUCCUCCGCUCGACCAUCCUUCCCUCGUUCACACUGCACACCACUCUCGACCUCGCCGCUUUCCUCGCCUCGCGCGCGACCGACAAGGCGGAGCUCAAGGAUUGGAACUGGCCGGCCAGCCAGGUGAUCAACGCCUGGUGGAGCUCCGUCGGCCACCAGGUCUUCUACAACAACGUCUCCCCGCAAACCGCCUGGCGCGCUCUCUCCUGGACCGAUAAGACCCUUCUCUCGCUCGUGACCGUCUGGGGCGGCCGCCUGUUCGGCCGCAUCGCCUCACGCACCCUCCGCCGUGGCGCCGAUGACGCCCGCUAUGUCCAACUCAAGAAACAAAACCCCGUCGGCUUCUGGAAGGAAAUGCUCUGGAAGCAGUACCUUCCCGAGGCCGCCUUCCUGACCCUCAUCAGCUUGCCCUUCACCCUGCCCUUCCGCCUGGCUAGCCCCAGCGUCGCGCUCGACACCGACGUGCAGGCCGCUUUGCGCGCGUUCGGCGUCGGUCUGUUCAGCGCUGGUUUCGUCCUUGAGGUGCUGGCUGAUAGACAGAUGGAGGAGCACCGCGCUGAGAGAGAGGACUUGUGCCGGAGUGGCGUUUGGAGUAUUGUUCGCCAUCCUAACUACCUUGGCGACACCCUCGUGCACCUCGGCUUUGCCUUCAUCAACUGCGCCACCAACUUCAACCCGCUCGUCAUCCUCGGCCCUCUGACCAACUACGUCUUCCUCCGCUUCGUGGGCGGCGACAAGAUGACCGAGACCAGCCAGGAGGAGCGGUACAAGACCGAAAACCUGCACAAGUACGACCAGCUCCAGGAGUGGAAGAGCAAGAAGAACAGCUUCUGGCCCGGCUUCAAGGAGAUCGUCAACCCCUGGACCUGGGCGAUCGUCGGCUGUGGUGUGGCCGGUGUGGUGGUCGAGGAGGGCCUCCGCGGCUGGUUCGCCAAAUGAUUUUAUUUUCCUGAAUUUGUGUUCUCCAGCCAGCAUACACGCUGGACAAUGAUCAUGUAAUCUAUCUAUGUAACGUAUCUUUAAUUGAAUCCCACGAAUAUCAUACACGGAAAGUGCACC